GUACUAAUGGGAUAUUCGGUAUAAGACUUUCCGAUGGAAUCGAAUAUGCAAGUGUGCCGAUAUGUAUGGCUGGCGCAGACGGUCAACAAUAUGUAUAUGGGUAUAUACCUACAAUAGUUGCAAAAUGUGGAAUGUAUUUAAAAGAAAAAGCAACUACGACGGAAGGUAUAUUUCGAUUAAGUGGAUCUGCGAAAAGAAUAAAAGAAUUGCAAACUAUUUUCGAUUCACCACCUUCAUACGGAAAGACAUUAACUUGGAUGGGCUAUUCAGUACAUGAUGCCGCAAAUAUACUGCGAAGGUAUUUAAAUCAUUUACCGGAUCCAGUCAUUCCACAACAAUGGUAUGAUCAAUUUAGAGCAAUUCAUGCAAACAACAUAGAUCCACAAGAUAGAGUAAAAAAAUAUCAGGAAUUGAUUUCAAUGCUACCAAAAGAAAAUCAACAUUUACUUCUCUAUAUUCUUGAUCUUCUCGCAGUUUUCUCAUCGAAAUCCGAACAAAAUUUGAUGCCAUCAAAAAAUUUGGCAUCGAUUUUUCAACCGGGUAUUCUUUCACACCCUGCUCACGAUAUGGCUCCUGAACAAUAUAAGCUAUCUCAAGAGGUUUUGGAAUUUCUAAUUGAUUAUCAAAAUUUCUUUUUGAUGUCUUUACCUUCUCUACCAAAUGACGGAAAGGAAGAGAAGACGAUGACUUCAAAUAAUAAUGAGCCUCAAGAAGGAAAAGAAUUAUCGAGAGAUACAGAAAAUUACUAUCGUGGGAUCGAUGGAGAAAGUGGUUCAAUAUCUCUACAAGAGCCUCAUGACCUAAACAAUCUACCUGUACCACAAUUAUCUCUACGACGAUCAAGUUUAAGUCUUGAACAUCAUCGAAACAAAUCGGUAGAUUCCAUAACGAUGAUACCGGGUAGUAAUAAUGAACAAGAUACAAACGAAGAUCUACAAUUAACGAAACGGGUUCAAGGACAAGAUUCUUUAACUCGUAAAAUUACCACGGACGGUCUAACGAGAAGGAGGACAUUGCCAAGUAAAAAAUCGAAAUAUGGAAUUACUCGGGAAAGGACAUCAUCAACGAUUGGCGGUUCGAACGAUAAACCAAAUGGAAAUUCACAAAAACAAAAUUUAGCACAAUUUGCAUCAUUAAUAAAUUUACCAAAAGAAAAUAAUAAUAAUUAUCAACAACAACAAAGAACAGAAAGAAAAACAUCACAAAGCUUUAGAAAAAAAUCCUCAUCAAAAAGAACAAGAAAUAAUAGGAGUGGUACAAAUGGUAAUAUUGAACCUGUAAAUACUUCAAUAAAUUCGUCGUCAUCAUCAUUGAAAGGCGGACCAUCAUCACCAAAAUCGCCGUCAACGCAAACGUUGAAUGGAAAGAAGAAAUUGGUUGAUGUUGUGUCGGAUGAAAAAGAGAACGCAUCCAUAACUAGCUCAUCAAGUUCAUUCAUAGCUAAAAGGCGUAAACGUAGUGAUAAAAAAGGUAAAGGUGCACAAGAAGUUCAAGGGAAAAAAGAAAAAAUGACAUUUUUGUUGGAAUUAAGAAGAAAAAUGUGGUUUGGUGGGAGUAAUAAUAGCGGAGAUAGUAGCGUGAGUAGUUUCGGAAGCAAAAAUAGUAACUUAAGUGUUGGAACUGUUGAUGGUAAGAACAAUGGAAGGAAAAAAACUUUUGAACAAUUAAAGGACAAAUUGACUUGA